CGGUUAUUCAUCUGGAGAUGUGGUGGUCAUAUUCGCAAGCACCCCAGGGUGGCUACCCAUGAGUCAUGAAUAAGCUUAAAAGCGAAAGCCGUAUUAUUGCGCUGGGAAAAUCAUUGGCCUGUCUUCACUUUAUGCCUGCGGGAGAACGUCUUCUUUUGGAAAAACCAAGCAUAAAGUUUUUAGAGAACGGUUAAAAGAGCAUUCGCCGCUAUUUCCAUGCUCUGUCGCGGGUUGUAAUGCAGUUGGCCAAUGUAUUAAUGAUUGUAUAAUGAUCAACAAUGUCUAGUACGGCCGCACCCUUGCAGAACGUGGAUUACAGCGCUGUGCCCGUGCAGAUUGAGGAAGCUCUACCAAAGCCGGCAUUCCAGGACCAGCGAUCACUCGUACAGGAGGAAAUAUGGGUGGAAAACUCCAAACAGAUCCCCGAGAUAGCCAACAAAAUCUGCACUCAAUGGAUUCGUCGGCCACCGGAUUUGAUUGUCUCCUUUCUUACGAACGAGAAUAACGGAGGUGCAUUUCGCAACAUCAUCCAGCGUAAUGCCUUUCAAGAGGGCAUCAGUCAGAUGGUCAACAAACUGCCAGACACACUGUUUUUCGACAACGGCUCGCGCAGCGGCCUAGCAAAUUUGCUGGGAAACACGCUGUGCGGACUGGACCAUUUCGAUGAGCAUGUGCAGCGGAGAAAAAUCAGUACACGGCACAAAAAGAAGGCUAAGGACAUCGUCUCCGAUGUUCGGCAUAUUAAACAGCUGAUCGGGGUCGUGUCGCAAACCCCCGCCCGGCAACAUCGCGAUCUGCAGGCGGAUGCCAACCAUACACGACUUGUUGUUCUGGAUGCCGGUGCGGAAGACCAGAAUCGCAAGAUCCGUGCGGAAAUGGAAAUGGCUGUCUGGAAAAAUCUGACGGAUAACGAGAAAUGGCUCACUCAAGAUGAUGAGAUGGAACGGGCGGACCUGCAACCCAUCCACUUUGCCGCCGUGCUGAUUAACGGCAACAUCGAAGAUCUAUCGGGUCUCGCCGUCUACCUGCGUCAUCGGGUUCCAGUCGUUCUACUGGAAGGCGGCGGAGGCGUGGCCGAUGUGCUUGCUCACGGAUUACGAUUAAGUUCAGUGCUGACCGACCACGAGCGCCGCGCCGAGGUCACCGAGAAAGUCCGUACGGUCUUCCCAGAGUACUCCCGUGAUCGCAAACUCCUCCGCAUCGCUGUGGAUCUGCAUUUAGCCGUGCUGAAACUGGCCUCUAUCGAAGAGGUCACCCUGAUUGAAGUGGUCACGCCCAAACAACUGGCACAUUUGGACGCGUUAAUUGUGGAUGCGGUGGUUCAGGCAUCGGUCUCGUCGGCCAGUCAGCACAGUUUCUCAGCCAAUCUGAUCUUGGGAAUUAAGGCCAACCGGCCGGCGGUUAUUGAACGGGUGCUCUUUGGCCACCCGGUGUGGGAAAGCAUGCAGAUUCCUUAUCGGGCCUUCGAAGAAUCCCUGGUGCGGCAUGAUCGUGCGGAUUUUGUCGAUCUGUUCUUACAGCAAGGAUAUCCGAUACAUGAGUACCUGGAUGAUGAGUUGUAUUUGCGGCUUUAUCAACGCGGAAGCCAGGAAGCAUUUUUCAUCGACAAUGUUUGGACACUGAUGCUUAAUCACGCAUACAAUGAACCGGUGACGGAAAAGUUUGUCCGAGUGGAGCUGAACAAUUUAAUAUUUAAAUUAACCGACGUAAAAAAUUUUAUCAACAUCGGUAUGCUGAACGAGAGCGUUCAUAGUAAAUCGUCAACACUUCCGGAUUCCAUUGCUGAACGAAUGGCGUUCAACGCGCUGGCAGUAUUUGGUGCACUGGUGGGAGACGAGGAUCUGGUGCAGAUUAUGGUUAAGCAUUCGCCCGAACCGAUCCCGAUUGCGUUGCUGGUGGAAGCCAUCUUCCAUGGACUGGGUGGUGAAACUCGCAAAAAAUCCUCGGAGAUAGAAUUAAAACAAUACGGGAACAAUCUCAGUAAAAUGGUUAUCCGGCUGUUUGAUAUGGCGCUAGAGGAAAGCCCGCAACGAGCUCGCGGAUUGCUGAUUCGGGAAUUGCCGCUGUACAAUAAUCGCAAUGUCAUUCGCCUGGCAUACGAUGCCAAAGAUCGGGUUUUUGUUGCUCAUCCGGCUGUCCAGGAGCUGUUGGACAAAUGGUACUUCGGUUUUAUCGAUAUCAAAGGGAGCUUCAACGUGGCGAAGUUGAUCGCAUCAGCACUGUUCAUAUUCCCUAUCAACAAGUGGUUGCGAUUUCCGGCAUUAGAGAAACGCGGCGAACGAUCCACUGUAGCUGCCAACGGAUUCUUUCAUCCGCGCCCUGAAAGCCAACUGGAAAAAGAUGAAUACAUAACCAACAUGCAGCUUCGAAUGCACUCGACAUUCAAGCCCGAAAAGUCCACCGGAACCCGUCUGCCCAUGUCCAAGAAAAUAUUCGCGGUGUGGAACACUCCGGCGGUGACCUUUCACGUUAGCCAGUUCACUUACUGGAUCUUUCUCCUGCUGUUGGCUAUUGCCGCCAUGAUGCCGCCUUGCCGGUACAAAGGAGUUGAUUACGCUGUCAUGGUGCUGGCCGGGUUGCGCUGGUUGGAACUGUGCACGAAAGCGAUCUAUGACGCAUUUGCACUGCCGGUGGUUAACUUCAAAUGGCUCAUGAUGGAACUAUUCGUUGAAGGCGCUUUUAACGCUCUGUUUUUCAUCUACCGCAUUUAUCCAUUCCAAGAUACGAGUAUUGAGUUCGUACGUACGAUCGGUUGGUAUGGUCGAGUUGUCUUAUGUUGCGGCGUGCUGUAUUACUACUACCGUGUUUGGGAUAUGUACUAUUAUAUGGAUGGCAUCCUGGGACCAACUAUCAGAAUGACCAUUCGUUCUUUCCGAUAUGAUCUGAUGAAGUGGCUAAUGGUUACCUAUACCCUGUUCAUUGCUGUCGCCCUAAUUUUUCAAGCCGUUGUUUAUCCGGACUAUCCGUCGGGAACCGGCGAGGACUGGCGGAAAGCAUUUUAUCGUGGAUUUCAUUCCAUCUUAUACGGUGCCCCCUACACUGAUCUCGUUGCAACAUGCGGCGCUGACAAACUGGUCAGUUCUUCCUUGACUCAGCCCAUUAAGCAGUACAGUCAAGCCGGAGUUGUUCUGGCCGUUCCACCUGAACGCUGCUGGAUUGGAGAUUAUUCAGAUUAUUCUUGUAACACGGUGACCUUUUGGGCGUGGUUUUUCCAUCUGCUAUACUACUUCUUUGUGCUGAUGGGGACUCUCCUCAUGUUGGCCAGCUGGAUUUUCACGCGCUUCAUCGACGAAUGGGUGGAAAACGCGAAUAUCUGGAAAUACCAUCGCUGCCGAUUAAUUAUGAACUACAGUAUGCGCACCUCGUUGCCAGCUCCAUUCAGCAUCAUCGGAUAUAUCUUCAAUAUUGUCAAGAAACAAGGCGUGGAGUAUGUGGAUAAUCAGCCGAAAACCGGUCUCAAAGCGAUGACCGAAGCUGAGCCGAUUCUUUCUCCGGAAUCUCCCAACCAUGCACCCGUUCCCAAUGUUAUUUUGGACUCAUCCUUCUGGAAGAAUGUAGCCCAGCGCUGUUAUCGUGCACAAGCGGAUGAAGCGGAAAAGUCCACUUUAGCGGUUCAGCACGAUGAAUCGAUCGGCGACAUUGAAAGGGAACUAGCCGCUUUAGUCCAAGUAUCAGGGAACUUGGCACACAUUGUAGCAACGGCUCCAGUUUUGCCCAUCGGGCAGUCUGUCGGCAAUGCUCACGAGCCGCAACAUCCGCUCAGUCCACUGAGUCCCGUUGCCCCAACCUACGCUAUGCCGGAACCGUUCAGUGAUUCCGAAUACGACCACAUACAUCAUGAUGUUAACGAAUAAGGAGCAGCUUCGUAUAUAGGAAAUAUGCCGAAUUAAUCCAAUUUUUACAUAUAGAACGAAAUGCAUUUUUCGUAGGGUUUGCAUCUGUUUACGUAACUAAAUUGUAUUGCUGAUCUUACUGAUUCUUCCAUCUGUUUCAGAGUUCUUAGUAUCUAUUGCGCUUAUGCCAUUAUUCCAUAUAAAUGUAUAACGUGUUGCCACAUAUCAAGAAUCGCUAUUAUGUUGACUAUUUGCAACCAUAAAAAUCCAUUACUAUCCAUGACUUCACAAAAAUCUUCCUU